AUGGAGACGAAAAACAGGGAAGCAGUCCCAGACUCGAAGAAACCCGGGCGAGGCUGGAGGUUCUACGGCACCUUUGCAUGUCUAGCACUUCUCAAUUUGAUUUGUGCUAUUGAUGCUACGAUUCUUGCAGUGGCCCUUCCUACUAUUGCCACAGCUUUAAACGCUACGGCUAUUCAGGCCUUUUGGUGCGGCACAUCGUUCCUGUUGUGCUCUACAGUAUUCCAGCCGACGUGGGCUUCGUUUUCGCAUAUGAUCGGACGAAAGUCUGUUCUCCUGGCUGCUCUGUUCCUCUUCACUGCAGGGACAAUCAUCGCUUCCGUCGCUAGGACUAUUACACAUUUGCUGGUUGGGCGGUGCUUCCAAGGAUCAGGAGGUGGAGGUCUUGUCGGGUUGACUUACGUGUUACUAGCAGAUCUGGUAAGCCUUCGAGAGCGAGGCAAAUGGAUGUCCAUCAUCAGCUUGCAAUGGGCCAUUGGAAGCGUAAUAGGACCAGUUAUCGGAGGAGCAAUGGCUCUUGACACUACAUGGCGGUGGAUCUUUUGGCUCAAUAUUCCGUUCUGCGUACUGGCGGCCGUCGGAGUUCCAAUUUGUCUGAAAUUACAUCCGAGAGAAGGGUCGGUAUGGGAGAGACUCAAAGAUUUUGAUUGGUUUGGCUCUUUCAUAUUCAUCGCUGCGACUACAAGUUUCCUGAUUCCAAUCACAUGGGGGGGCGUUAUGUACGAAUGGAAAUCUUGGCGAACACUCGUCCCAAUGAUGCUCGGAAUCUUUGGACUGCUCGGCUUCAUUGUAUACUCCGUCUCCUUCUCCUCAGAGCCACUUAUUCGCCGCAGUCUUUUCAAUUCUCCGACCGCCAUUACCGCAUAUGCAGGGACCGUUGUUCACGGCAUGAUCGUUUGGGCUCUCCUUUAUUACAUGCCUCUAUUUUUCGAAGUGUCCAAGAACUAUAGCCCGGUCACCUCGGGUGUUGCAAUCUUCCCAUUCACGUUUACGGUCGCUCCUGCGGCUGUUGUAGUCGGAGUCGUGAUUGCUAAGACAGGUCGAUAUCGACCCUCAAUCUGGAUCGGCUGGUUCCUCACUACAUUCGGGAUGGGAGUCUUGAUUUACCUGAAACAAUCAACCAACGUACCCUCCUGGAUCUUCCUGUCCCUCGUUGCUGGUACGGGCACAGGGAUGCUUUUUUCUGCCCAAGGCUUCGCAGCUCAAUGUUCGGUCUCGAACGUAGACCUUCCCUUCGCAGGCGCAACCUACAGCUUCUUUCGAGCUUUUGGGCAAACAUUCGGCGUUGCUAUCUCUGGCGUUAUCUUCCAAAACUCUUUCAAAACUAAAAUCCUCGGUACACCAUACGCCUCACACGCGAUUGAAUGGUCUCGUGACGCCUCCGCAUUUGUUCAGGUUGUCAAGAUGUGGAGUAGAGAGGGAGAGCAGGGUGUUGUGAGACAAGCGGUUGUCAAUGCUUAUGUUGAGAGCUUGAGGAUGGUCUGGAUUGUGAUGUGUAUUUUCGCUGGGGUGAUUUUUGUCGCGAGUUUGGUGUGGAUUGACGAGAUUAGCUUAACGAGGGAGCUGGAAACGGAGCAAGGCUUUCGUUAUGAUGGGAAGAAGGGUGCGGAUGAGGAGCAGCAGCGGCCCGGAUUGAAGGUGCUAGAGAUUAAGACGGAAGAGGAGGCUGGAAUGGAGAUUAAGAACGUUUCGACUGAUGAGUUCGGCACGAGCUCGAUCGAAUAG